AUGUGGAUCUCCCCCACGUUGGCGCCCGUUUUGACGCCCUCCCCGGCCCCGUUAACGCCCCCGGCCGCCCCGUUGGCGCCCGUCCCGCCUCCUGGCCACGCCCUCUCUGGCCGCCCGCACGCACAGGUACAGCAGCUCGGCCACGCCCAGCGCCAGCGAGAGGCACGCCGCCGCCAGCAUGAACCAGAUGAGGAGGGACUUCUCGGUGGGCCGGGACAGGAAGCAGUCCACCCGGUGGGGGCAGGGGAAACGGGCGCACACGUAGCGGGGCUGGAGGGUGAAGCCGUACAGGAAGUACUGCCCCCCCACGAACAGCGCCUCCAGAAGGACCUCGGCCACCAGGUGCAGGACGUAGCUCUGGAGGAGACGCCCGCGGAGGCUGAUCUUCCCGCUGGGUUUGGUGUACUUCGGGAAUUUGUAGGCCCGACGAAGAAACAGGAUGGUCUGGUCGUCCAGAUCGUCACGGACGUGGCCCAGGUAGAGCAGCUUGGGCGUUGCUAUGGCGAUGAUCUGCAGCACCCAGAAGCGGACGUGGGAAAUGGGGAAGGCGUGGUCGUAGCAGACGUUUUCGCAGCCGGGCUGCUGGGUGUUGCACACGAAGUCCGACUGCUCGUCCCCCCAGACCUGGACCAGACCACAGGGACA